AUGGAGGGCCUGAAAUCAACAAUGAAGAACAUGGAGAAGCAAAUAGGGAAAAUCGCCCAAUCCAUGUCCACGAUGGCGAAGGGUGGAUUUCCGAGCAAUACCGAAGUCAAUCCACAAGAAAGUUGUCAAGACAUAACCACCCGAAGUGGUUUGCAAAUGACUGAUCCUCCUUAUCCGACUGACGAGUCACCAAGGCCAGCUGUACAACUGACCCCGGUCGAGCCAAAAAUCACCAUCUCAGGGAGUAGUACAAAAGAGGCUAGUAAGCCCAAUAACAUUUCGUUCCCUGAUAAUCCUCCUCUUAUGAUAACUCCUAUUCCUUUUCCAGAAAGACAGAAGAAGAAGAAGUUCAAGGAUCAAUUGAAGAAGUUCAUUGAAAAGAUCAAACAGAUUCGAAUCAACAUCCCUUUUGCAGAGGCCUUGGAGGUAAUGCCAAACUACACCAAGUUCAUGAAGGAAGUCCUAUCCAAGAAGAUUCGGAUCGAAGAAGACAUACCAGUGACACUCACGGCAACUUGCAGUGCCAUUCUUCAGUCGAAUCUACCACCAAAAAUGAAAGAUCCAGGGAGUUGCACUAUUCCUUGUAUUAUUGGAAAUUCUACUUUCGAUAAAGCUUUAUGUGAUUUAGGGGCAAGUAUUAAUUUGAUGCCUAUGUCUGUGUUUCUAAAACUGGGCUUAGGAAAUUUGAACCGCACUCGCAUGACUUUACAACUAGCUGAUCAUUCAUUGAAAUAUCCCGAUGGGAUUGUAGAAGAUGUGCUAGUUAAAGUAGAUAAAUUCAUUUUGCCUGUUGAUUUUGUGGUACUUGAAAUGCCUGAAGAUGACGAAGCACCAAUCAUUUUAGGUCGUCCAUUCUUAGCCACUGGUAAGGCGAUGAUUGAUAUGGAAUUAGGAUCUUUAAUGCUUAGGGUAAAUGAGGAAGAAGUUGUUUUUAAUUUGACAGAUGCAUUUAAACGCUCUGAGCAUGUUGAGCAUUGCAGUAGAAUAGACGUGAUCGAGGACUGUGUUUCCUCCUUUUUUUGA